AUGUUUAAAUUAAAACUAGAAUAUAUCAAACCGUACGACGGAAAUAUAAAUACUUUAAAUAAAUUCAUAAACAGAUGUGAAAAUUUAAUAGAGACGCAUUCGGUCAAUAAUGAUCAAGAUAUCAAUAAUCAUGUCUUGGAAUGUCUCCAAGAAAAAUUAAUUGAUAAAGCAGAAAUGAUGGUAGGAAAUAGGAUUGAACUAAAUACCUGGUUCAAACUAAAAGAAGCUUUGAUACAAUGCUUUGCAGACAGACGCGAUUUAGAUUGCAUAUUACAGGAACUAACAAGAACACGACCAUUUAAACAUGAGAGUAUGAUAGCAUUUGGAAAUAGAUUACAAUUACUAAAAACUCAAACAAUCCAAAGAAUUAGUAACAAUUUAAUUUAG